CCUCAGCAGAGCGCAAUGCGGAGGCUGAAUCGGGAUCGUGCGUAAACCUACGUCAAAUCCGCACGGAAACACCAAAUGCUGCACUGGCUGGGCUGCCUCUCCCGCACCCCUUUGUUUAUGGCUUUGGCUCAUGGUUAACUGUUUGAGGUUUUGCCUGCAUCGCUUUAUAAGCUACUGUAGAUCCCUGUCUCUCUGCUUGCUGCCUGGAUAUCAGAGGUGUGAUGGAGGCUGCAGGGCAGAUUUAGAGUGAUGCUUCAUAUUCAUCCUGCGCUUGAUCGGGUUUCACUGGAUUGGCCGAGGCAGAUGCCAUUCAAUAGCUCCGCUCUCCCAGCGUGCAUGGGUCGUGUAUAAACAGCAUGGCCAUCACACAUUCCACUGGGUCUAAAUAUAUCUAUUAAGGCCACAGGAGGGGGAGGACUGGUGUAGGGGGCUUUCACUGUGGUGGUGAACUCGCACCACUUCAAUUAUCUUCCACAGAUUGACAAUCGGUUGUUGCACCCACAGAGGAGAAACUUGGCCCUAUCCAAAACAUGCCCUCCAGUUACACUGUGAGAUCCAGGGCGCGGGAGAGAAACAGCGUCCUGAGCAGACCUGAGUUCAUAUCCCUGAACCAGCCGCUCCGAGGCGGCGGAGGUGGAGGUGGCGGUGUUGGCCCCUCUGAGAGCCGAGGCAGCUCGAGGCGACCGGGUCAAAUCAAGCACCAAACAAGCCAGCCGAGCGAGGAACCUACCGACAGUGGCAGCAAGGACAGGAGAGAGCCCAGCAAGAUGCCAGAGGAUGACUGCAUGCAGCUGAACCCUUCAUUCAAGGGGAUAGCGAUGAACUCCCUCCUCGCCAUUGACAUCUGUCUGUCCAAGCGCAUGGGGGUGUGCGCCUACACGUCGUCCUCCUGGGGAGGCUGCCGCUCCAUGGUCGCCCUGUUGGCGCUCACAGGGCACGGCAUCACGUGGAUCAUUGGCACUAUCGUGUGUCUCACCAGGAGUAACACUCUGGCUGGACAAGAGGUCCUGGUCAACCUGCUGCUUGCCCUCAUUCUUGAUGUCAUGACCGUUGCUGGAGUCCAGAGACUGGUGAAGCGCAGGGGACCCUGGGAAAUGACGCCAGGCUUCAUGGACUGCGUUGCCAUGGACAUCUACUCCUUCCCCGCUGCUCAUGCCAGCCGGGCCGCCAUGGUCUCCAAGUUCCUGCUGUCCCACCUGGUCCUGGCUGUGCCGCUGCGCAUCCUGUUGGUGCUGUGGGCCCUCCUGGUGGGCAUGUCCCGGGUGCUGCUGGGGAAACACCACCUAACUGAUAUGGUGUGUGGCUUUGCGCUGGGCAUGCUCCACUUCAGCUUGAUGGAGACGGUGUGGCUCUCAUCAAGCACCUGUCAGACUCUUAUCUCCAUAAGCACAUUCAGCUGGAGCCCCUUUUUCUGAGCUUUUAAUACGAGGCUCUGCUAGCACACAAGGUUCAUUUGAUACACUGUCUCUGCAACAUAAAGGACUUGAGGUCUUAUGAAGUUAUUUUUGCAAGGGUCUGAAGUUCUUAUGGGAACAGAGAAACAUUCGUAUUUGGAUAUUUGGAAUCAGAUGCUGGCUUGCAUGUAACAGCCAAGGAAAGCAGGUCACAAGACAUUACGAAACCUUUAUAAUGCUUCACAAAUCCUAGAACCUUCAGUCAAACCUACUAAAACACACCUCGAACUGAAAAUGUACAUGAAGGAUUUUCUUUUUAGAUCUUUUAAUUCUCAUGCAUGAAAACUGCUACCAUCCAUAACUGAACCUCUUUCUAUUCAGCAAAGUCUCUCUUGAGUUGAUAUGCCACUUCCUCUUUGCCAUCUUACUUCCUUUUAUCUUUCUUUCCCGCUACCUCUUCCUCUAUUCUCCUUUUUUUUAAAAAAAAAAAAUAUAUAUAUAUAUAUAUAUAUAUAUAUAUAUAUAUGCUUUUUUUGGUAUUGUAAAAUACUUAAACCUUGUUGAGCACUGAAUAGAGUUUGGUGUAGGGCUGUAUUAUUGGACGUAACUCUAAAGUGUAUAAAGUAAUCAUCGUUUGGAUAUUCCACAUUGUUAUUGAUUGGCAUGACUAUUAUGUUUGUAUAUUUCUGAUGGGAUUCUGUUCUUGUUACUGAACGUUUAAUAUGAACUUGUUUUGAUGCCACUGAAUUUAGCUGCUUGUGUUAAACAAAAUGUCAUGUGCAAGAAGAAAUAUUUUUCUUACAGGGUGAGAUAUCAUUUCCUUUCAGCGUGCCAUGUGAUUUCAUGAGUUCUUUUUUUAGAAGACAUUUCUCUUCAGCUCUAACAGAUGCUUAUGUUUUGUUGGUGAUGGUGCCCCACAAGACAAGGGAAGUUUUGGACAACUUUUCUGUUUGGAUUUAUUUUUUAAUGGACCUUCGAAAUGAGUUUUUUUUUUUUUUUUUUUUUUGUGGCAAACUUUUUUGUGGUUUGGUGUGUAAAUACAGUUUUGUGUACAUUAAUUCAUUUUAUUCUGUACA